AAUCGAGACAAGAGGUCAAGGCUGUAACGCCAUUUUGGUAUUCCAUUUUUUCAGUCUUAGAUUAAAAACAAUAAUUUACAUAUUUUAAUGCUGUUUAGAAGUGUGUCAUUUAUAUGAAUUACAUAAUGAAUUAGCACGCGUGUAUCGUUAUGCUUUUUGUAUGUGGACAUAUUAAAAGCAGGUUUAAUUCUAAACUAUCAAUAUGUCUCGACGAAGACCAACUGAAGCGUCAUGGGAUAGUGAUGAUGAUUUAUUGAGAGAUGAUCUACCAGGAAUUAAUGCAUUUGCUAAAACUAAGCGAGAAGAAUCAGAAGAUGAAUUUGAUGAAGAUGCUCUGUUAGGAAGUGAUAAUGAAGAUCAAGGAAAUAGUGAUGAAGCUGACCCCGAACAACAAUCAUAUGUGAAUGAAGAAUCAUAUGAUAAUGCUGAAACAACCUAUGAUGAAUCAGAAACAACUUACGAUGAGUCUCAGACUUAUGAAGAGCAUGACACAAACUAUGAAGGCGCUGAAGCAAGUCAGGAAGAUGUAGAUGCCCUUGAAAUAGGUGUUGAUGAUGAAGAAUUUGAGGAAUAUGGAGGGGAGGAAUUUGAACUUUCAACUGGGGAAAAUAUGAGCUAUGGAGAGGGACAGAACAUGAGUGCUGUUGAAACCGAUCAAGAAUUAGAAACAUCUGAAGUAACAGCUGAUGAAACUAUGAAUCAAGAUGAAAUUGAAAACGAAAAUUUGGAUGUAAAUGAAGCAAAUGAGGAAGAAAGUGAAAGUGAUAGUGAUAGCGAUGGAGAUAAGAAAAGUCGUGGUAGAUUUAAAACAGAAAGAUCCAUUACAGUUACUAAGUCAUCGUCUAUUAGUAGAACAGACAUACCAGAUACACUAGAGAUUACAGAAGAACAGCAAGCCCAGAUAGAUGAUUUUAUGGAUAAUCAAGGACGUAAAAAAUUUGGAAAGGGUAGAGGUAGAUCUGAUCGAAUGGGGCAUAAUUCUCGUAAUCAAGAUAGACGUGGUCCUCCCGGGUUGAUGGAUAAACAACAUGGCUAUCCACCUCAACGUCAUCAGGGUUAUAACCCACGUCAUCCAUAUGGAGGGCCAUAUAAUCCCCCGUAUCAUAUGGGAGGGCCACCAAACCCACCUUAUCAGGUUCAGGGACCCCUCUAUCAAGGGUUUGAUCAACCGUUUAAUCCUCUAACUCCGGGUCCCCCAUCCCACCCAAGUCAUCAGAUGAACCAAGAACAGUAUUCGACCCCAGUGAGUUAUCACCAACCCCCAGUAUCUGUAUAUUAUACUCCCCCAGAACACCAUAUUCCUCCUGAACAUCAUAACCCUCCAGGCCACCAUCUACCCCCUGAGCAUCAUAACCUUCCAGGCCAUCUACCCCCUGACCACCAUAUACCCCCAGAUCAUCACAUUACCCCCGACCACCUCAUACCAGAUCAUCACAUACCCCCUGACUAUGCUUUAUCUGACGAUGUUACGGAACCAGAAUUGCAAAAUAGUCCUCCACCAACCUCUCAACCGGUUCAAGGAAAAUCGUCAACUCCAAGAAAAAUUCUUUUAAAUCCCCACUUUAAACCCAAGGGCCCCCCUCCACAAGUUUCAUGGGCUGAAGCGAAGCUACCUACUGAUCCAGUGUGCACAUCACAUGUACCUAGAAAGACAGAGCCCUCAUCACAAUCAAAAACAAAGUCUAAUAUCCACCCAUUAGACAUGCUGUUAUCUACUAGUCAGACAACACCAUUUACAACAGCAUCAUCACAGACAUGGACUCCCCAUAGUGCAACGGCUUCUUAUCUGCCUGUUAGUCAUUCUGAACCAAUACAAAGUUUUCAUCAUGGUGGUCCACCACAACAUUUUCAAGAUCCUAGAACAGAUUUUAGAUCACCUUUACAGCAGAACAGAUUACCAAAUAUGGUUGUGAGACCAUCAUUUCCUCCACAGCAUUCACCUUAUCAACCAAGAUCUUUGUUAGGAGCAGGUCCUCAACAUCCAGGUUUAGGGAAUGAAAUGCCAGCUCCGUUGUUAUCUGUUCCAGGUGGUAGAGGACCUUUAAUGAAUCAGUAUCGUCCAGAUUCUCCUUAUCCGCAACCCAUCAGAGGAGGACCACCACCAUUAUUACAACAAGGCGGUCGUUUCCCAAAUCAACCUCCAAUGCAAAGAAUGCCAAUGCCUCGACCUCAGGCACCAUUUCACCAAAAUCAGCAGAGGAUGGCACAACCUGAAAACCCACCUCGUCACUUUCUUUCAAACAGUCCACGUAAACAAUUUCAACAAAUGGGAAGAGGUCGGGGUAGGGGUCAACAUGUAGCAUCUCAAAAAAGUAAACCAGCAGAGCUCAAUGUUCCGGCCCAAGCCCAAAAACGACUUUCAACGUCAGAAACUGAAGAGAUCAUUCCUGAAAAAAUAGCCAAAGCAGAAGAUGUAAAAUCUACAGAAGUGGAACCUUUAGAUGAGGAGACAAUCAUUCUUAAUGAAAAAAUAGCAGAACAGAAGAAAUUAAGAGAAAAACUAAUCAAACAGAAAGAAAUGAAAAGGCGAAUUGCUGCUGCUAAACGUAAAAAAGAACUUGAAGAACGAUUGGCUGCCAAAGGUUUAACAUUAGCAGAUGUGGUAGGAGAUUCAAGUAGUGAAAAUGAAAAAAAUCUUACCGAAAAGGUUGAAACAGCUCCAGUUGCAACUACACCCCCACAAAAAAUAGUUAAACCAUACCCUCAACUAAAUGCAAGACCUCCAUUUAAUCGAAAUCCACAAAGAUUGCCCAAACCAAAGCCAGGUUUACUCAACCAAAAUAAUCCUGUGCUCAGAGGAAGGGGUACAGAUGGACAAGGUAUUAGAAUGCAGAAUCCCCAACAUCAUCAACAACAACAGCAUCAUCAACAACAACCCCAUCAUCAUCAACAACAGCAUCAACAACAACAACAGCAACAACAUCAUCAACAACCGCAACAGCAUCAUCAACAGCAUCAUCAACAACAACAUGGCCCCCCACCAUUAUUACAAGGACAGUUUAGAAUGAGACAUCCCAACCCACAAGGUCCUCCUCAUGCUCAGAAUCCACGUAUGAGGCCACCAGGACCUAUGAGACAUCCAGGGCCUCCACGAAUGCCUCAUGACGAUUUUAGAAUGCGACAUCCUGGUCCACCACGACAAAAUCGCCCUGGAAAUCCAAAUCAACUUCAAAGACUGCCAUCUGGUGCUAAUAUGAGAAAUCCUGGUAUGCAGUCGUUUGGAAAUCGAAGACCUAAUUGUCCACCUGGUGUGCGGCAACAGUUUCGUCCAAGGACUCCUAACAAUGAACAGUUUGCUUUUCCACAAAGUGGUGGUCCUAGAGGUCCAAAUAUGAAUCAAAGACCUCCCCGACCUUUAAUCGGUUCGGGAAAACCGCCACAAACACAGAGUAAUCCAAACAUUCAGAGUGUUUCACAAGACAAUCCAAGUCCUAAUGAAGGCAAUAUUCAGCGAGUUAAUAUUUUAAAUCCUCAGAAAAGACAGGUUCGUUUAAACAACCCGAAACAAAUUAAACGUGUGGUUAAUAAAAGUACUGGUAAAGUGAAUAUAAACAAUAUUAGAAAAAUACAAAGUGCUCCCAGUGGUAUGAAUGCUGUAUCAUCUGCUAAUAGAUUAGUUAUUCAAGGAGGAAAAAGAACUGUUAUAUCAAAUACAUUAAAACAGGUAUUAAGUGGUGGUAAAGAUAAAGUAUUUAUCAGUAAUUUAUCAGCAUCAACAACUAAAGCUCAAAUAGCUAAUUUAUGUAGGAGUGUUGGCACAUAUGAAAAUAUUCAGAUGUUUCCGGCAUCAAAGAAGGCUAUAGUCACUUUUCAAAAUCCUGAACACGCUGUGGUAUUUAGUAACAAAUUUAACAGAUAUAUGCUAGACUUGUCUCAUAUUAGUGUAACUUUGAAAUCUGUGAGCUGAAUGAAAAGACAUUUAAUCUUAGUUGUACAUAAUGUACAUUUUAAUCUUGAACAUAGAGUUUAUAUGGUGAAAAGAGGUCCCAAAUAUGUUAUUAUAAUGCAAAUGGUGGCUUGCUUAUUGAGAGCUGUAAAUUAAGAAAAAAAUAUCAUGGUAUUACAAAUUAUUGUGUAUUUCAUGUUUGGUUUUCAUUGUUUAUAUCAUGAUUAAGUGCUACUUGUAUUUAAUUUUUGGACAAGGAAUUGGACCCAAAGUGCUAUUCAAUAUGUUGUUCUUGGGUGUGAUGCUUUUCAAAAAAGCCUAAGGCUCCGCCAGGUCAAGUUCAAUUGGCAUGAAACUUGACAUGCUUGUUCCUUUGAUUGACAGACUUUGAUUUUUGACAUGAUGUCAUAAUUCCAAGAUGGCUGCGAUUACGUUAUGCUCAGUUCCUGGUCCAUAGUAAACUCAUACUUGUAUAUAUUCUGGGAAAGCUUAUUGUUACGAAAAACUAGCAAGUGGCCUAGAUCAAAUAUAAUGCUCACACAACGGGGUUUAAGAUUAUUUUGACAUUUACCAGAAAUAUUACAAGUGCUUUAAGCAUCUUGUAGUGUACUCAUAGAAUAUCAAAAUUCUGCAACAUGGACAUAUAUUGUGGUCACUUCGGCCAGUCCAUCUGUCCACAAUUUCUUGAGAACAGCUCUUCAGGGAUUGUUCAUUUAUCAUACUGAAGAACCCUAAAGAUGUAAAAGAAUCUCUGUUUUAACAUUGAUACGGUUUACAAAUUAGCACUAUUCUGUUCAGACUAAAGAUGGUAAAGAGGAACAAGUGAUUAUGUCUGGAUUCUAAAUGGACAUAAACAAUUUUGAUUCAGUGGAAAAAUAAUGUGGAUUUAGCUUAAUUUUAUGUUAUAAUUUAGAUUAUAAAGUAUUGAAAUAAUAUAUAAACAAAUGCUUAAUUUAGAUAACAAAAUAUUGAGAUAGCAUAAACAAAUGCUUAAUUUAGAUUACAAAAUGCCUUGCCUUUAGCCAGAUCAAUUUUAAUGUUAGUUAUUUGAGAUUAUUUUUUUAAAAAGCAUUUUACAUCUGAUCAAUUAUGAUAAUUUUGUUUCCUGUUUCUUGGAAAUUUUUGAUAAUUACUUGCAGAGUUAUGGGUCUUUGAUAUGUCUUGUGGACAUUAUAGUUGCUUAAUUUACAAGCGGAUUGACUUGAAAAUUGUUUCUAAUAACAAGAUGCAGCCUAUUGAUUUUCAAUGAUGAUAUAUAAUUAGACCUACACAGAGUUAUUGCCCUAAAGACUAAAGUUAAUUUCAGAGUGUAUUGCACUCUUUACAGACUGCACGGAUGACUAGCUAAUGUGGGCGUAUGCUUCAGUGCCUGGCAACCUAUCAUAUAGAAAAGGGAUUAGGUCUAACCAAAUAUGAUUAAAAUUGUUAAACUGAUUCUUCAUCAUUCAUUGUCAGUUAGAACAUCACUUUGAUUUAGACAUUAGAAAUGCUAACUCAGAAUUUUUCAUAUUGUGGUCUGAAUUCUUUACACUUUGGUCAGAAUUCUUCAUAUUGUGUGAUUUCUAGCCCAUGGUUGAAAAAUAUUGCUGCUUGACUUUGUCUCUUAGAAAGCUAUUACUGCAGAUAUUAAAAAUGAUAUGUUUCAUAUGAGAUAAAAUAAAAUUAAACAUGUUUUUAUGUAGAUAUUUGUGGCAAUUGAAAAAAAUUCAUCAUGAAUUAAAAAUAAAAUCAAACUAA